AACAAACCAGGCAACAGGCAAGUUUCGGGAGAAAAGAGAUCUUUCGCUGCGCUUAUUUUUCGUUAUUUUGAAUGGCAAACGCACCGGACCGAAUUGGAAGUGAAACGUGAAGCAGUGUAGAGUUAAGCGGACCCAUUUUGCCGCACAGUUCCUACCGUAGUGAAUCGCACACGGAGCGAAAUCCGUCACGGUCGCGGGGGGAUUCAGCAGAAAACCGGUAAAAAUCUGCAACCAAUUAACGGUGGUCCCGUUUCUGGCGAUGCUCCUGCUUGUGUGAAUCGAAUCGGUGGUACAGGCGUUGACGCACGACUCCCGUCGUCGACAAAAAAAGAAACGGACAUUUCAAUUGCCCCUCGGUGGUGCUGUAAGCAGUUUGGAAGUUAAUUGAAGAAAGCUGCCAAAAACAGGAAAUAAUGGGCCUAACAGUAAAUCAGGUACUGCCGGUUGCGAUCGGUGUGGUGGUGGUUGUCGUUGGUGCUGCCAUAGCCAACUAUCUGCUAAACAGCAAGAAAAGCAAAUCUUCAUCCACCAAAACAGCUUCGAAGGAACCCAAAACGCUGCUAGAUCCCCAGGAAAAGUAUAUGCUGCCACUGGUCGAGAAGGAGGAAAUUUCGCACGAUACGCGCCGGUUCCGGUUCGGACUGCCGAGCGAAAAGCACAUCCUGGGACUGCCGAUCGGGCAGCACAUUCAUCUGUCCGCCACCAUCAAUGAUGAGCUGGUGAUCCGUGCGUACACACCGGUUUCGUGCGACGACGAUCACGGUUUUGUCGAUCUGGUGGUGAAGGUGUACAAGAAAAAUGUUCACCCCAAGUUCCCGGACGGUGGUAAAAUGUCCCAGCACCUGGAGGCUAUGCAGAUCGGCGACAAGAUUGCAUUCCGCGGACCGUCGGGCCGGUUGCAGUAUUUGGGCAAUGGACGUUUCUCGAUCAAAAAGCUGCGAAAGGAUCCGGCACAAAUUUACGAAGCAGCACAAGUGAGCCUGAUUGCGGGUGGAACCGGUAUUACUCCGAUGCUACAGCUGAUCCGCGAAGUACUGAAACAUUCCGACAAGGAUAGCACCAAGCUUUCGCUCAUCUUCGCCAAUCAGACGGAAGACGAUAUUCUGCUGAAGCCCGAGCUGGACGAUCUUGCCGCCCGGUAUCCGGACCAGUUCAAACUAUGGUACACGCUAGACCGUCCCAAGCCAGAAUGGACGCAAGGUAAGGGUUUCGUGACGGAUGAGAUGAUCAAGGAGCGGCUGUUCGAACCGUCCCCAUCCUCCCUGGUGCUUAUGUGCGGUCCACCACCGAUGGUGAAUUACGCGUGCAUUCCAGCACUGGAAAAGUUGGGCUAUCCGAUGGAGCGUACCUUCGCCUAUUAGGAGUCUUUACAUCCCCACAAUGCACAAUCCUUAAGGGUGGUUUCAAAGGAGACAAUAGCGCAUUCUAGCAGCAUAUAUGUUUAGGACUAAAGCAUCAAAAGGGACUUAGACUUGUUAGUACGUGUUUUGUUUGUGGGCUAGCUUCCCUGCUCCCUCGAUUCAAGAUCUAAAAGAUCCACAGGAAUAGAUUGUGAACAAAAAAGACUUCCGCACAGAGUCGUGUGUUAGAGAUGUGUUACUGAUUCCUUGUAAAGGGAUCGUACGCAAACGCAGAACUAGCUACAAACAAGAACAAAAGGUGCAAUCAAAUUCACCCAAAAGACCACAUCACGUUACGUUGCGCUCGGUUCUGGCCUCGUUUUAGCAGCACCUUCAUAUCCCGUAACUGUCGCAGCAUUUCAGGAACCAAAUUAAGAUAUAAGCCGCCCGUAGCUCUGGCUCUGCUAUAUGUGAAAUGCUUUCGAACUUGUUAAGAGCUGUAAGCUUUUAAGAUAGUUUAUGAAAAGAUGUUGUUCAACACAAGACAAAAUAAAAGCGAAACUCUCUAGAUCUUAAAGAAACCGCUCAACGCCAAAUACAGGUUAAACAGUGGAAUUAUUCACGGCUUUAAAACAACCGCGAUUAGAGAAUGAUGUGAAAUGGCUAACAUGUGUUUACCGCUACAAAUAAAAUCGGUAGUCAUUAUGAAAA